AUGAAGUUUAUUAAGCUGUUAAUUUCGUAUAUCUUGGUGUUUGCUGUCAUAUCAUUUAUUUUGUUCUUAGUUACUUUGACUUUAUGUUGGAUGAGCUAUAAAAAUUCCUUACAAGAAAUUGAGCGUUUAUCAUUCAUUGAUGGAUUUGUAGAUUCACUUGUACAUACAUAUUUUUAUGGCUAUUUAAAAAAAAUAAUUCCUGACCAUGGGACUGGAAUGGGAGGUCUGGAUGACAAAAUAAGGUUAUAUAAAGAAAAACAAAACCUUUCAGAUAAAGAAUUUCCAUUGCAUAAAAUCUUCAUUAUUAUAUGUGCUUCUGGUUUUGUACCACCUACCCUGGAAAAGAUUGAUAACAAACGGAUUGAAGCUCGACAGCAUUUAGAUCCAUCAGUUUUUAAUCGUGCUGGCACAAAAGGUCGACUUUAUGUAAUAUCUGUUUAUAAGGUUAAAUACCGUAAUUUAAAGGAUCACAUUACAGUUGCCAUGGAGGGUACUCCCCAGUUACUUACUGUGCUUGACGCUUCUAUAGAGUAUCCUGAAUUAAAAAACAACAAGAAACAAGUUAUUGAGAUGUUCUAUAAAAAAUUAUCAAAGAAAUUAGCUGACAAUGCAGAAUUCCAAAAUUCUUACGAGCUUGUAUUUUACAAUGAUGACCCUGAUAAGCCAGCUACAUUAGCGGAUGAAAUUAUUCUUAGGCAUAUUGACAAAGGUUUAGUAAAACAACAAGAAGCCAUGGAGUAUCCUUCAAGUAUAAAUUCAGUGAAUGAAUCCUCCAAGUUGCAUUGA